GAGCGAGGCGGGCGGGGGAAUGGGCGCUCCAGGUGGAGGCGGACGCCGCGGAGAUCGAUAAGGCGGGGCGGGCUCAGCCCGGCGGUAGCGCGGGCAGGAUGGCGGCGGCGGGGCGCUCCCGGCUCUGGGCCCCCAUGUACUCGCAGAAAGAACUCACAUCAAAGAAAAGGGAUGAGUUUGAAGAUAUCUUGGAGGAGAGACGGCAGUCCAGUGACCUGCGAUAUGCAAUGAAAUGUUACACUCCUGUCAUUUACAAAGGACUUUCAGCUUGCAAGCCAAGUGCCAUUAAAGAUAGUGUUCUGCAGUCUGAGCAAGUUCAGUAUGUUAUCAAACAGCUAUCAAAAGAGAUGGGUGAGUCCACUGAUAUUAUACAAGAAGAAGCCAUUGAAAUCCUGGAUGAGAUGGGUCACAAUUUACACAUAGGAGUUAUUCGAUUUUUUGCUUUUAGUUUGAACAAAAUAUUUAAACGCCUUUUCCAGAAGGUUUGUGUGAAUGAAGAAGGAAUUCAGAAAUUACAACAGGCCAUUCAGGAGCAUCCAGUUGUCCUGCUGCCCAGUCACCGAAGCUAUAUAGAUUUUCUGAUGCUAUCUUAUUUGUUAUACACAUAUGACUUGGCUCUGCCUGUCAUUGCUGCAGGAAUGGAUUUCCUAGGAAUGAAAAUAGUUGGUGAGCUGCUACGAAGGUCAGGUGCCUUUUUUAUGCGACGUACGUUCGGUGGGAACAGACUCUAUUGGGCAGUUUUUGCUGAAUAUGUAAAAACAAUGUUACGGAAUGGCUAUGCCCCAAUUGAAUUUUUUCUCGAGGGGACCAGAAGCCGCACCGCGAAGACUUUGACUCCAAAGUUUGGUCUUCUCAGUAUUGUGAUGGAGCCAUUUUUUAAACGAGAGGUUUUUGACACCUACCUUGUUCCAAUCAGCAUCAGCUAUGAGAGGAUAUUAGAAGAAUCCCUCUAUGCAUAUGAACUUUUAGGAGUCCCUAAGCCAAAAGAGUCUACAUCUGGGUUGUUGAAAGCCAGAAAAAUCCUCAGUGACAAUUUUGGAAGCAUACAUGUGUAUUUUGGGCAGCCUGUGUCGCUCAGAACAUUGGCCUCUGGGAGAAUCGAUCGGUGUCCUUAUCGCUUGGUCCCAAGGCAUCUUCCCCAAAGGCUAUCUGAGGAUAUCCAGGAAUUUGUCACUGAUGUAGCCUACAAAAUGGAGCUUCUACAGAUAGAAAACAUGGUUCUGAGCCCCUGGGUAUUAAUUGCUUCUGUCCUGCUCCAGAAUUUGCCAGCCAUAGAUUUUGAACUUCUGGUUGAAAAGACACUUUGGCUGAAAGGCUUAACGCAGGCUUUUGGAGGAUUCCUCGAGUGGCCUGAUAAUCUAUGUGCCAAUAAAGCAGUCACGUCCAGCCUUGCCCUGCAUUCCAACAUUGUGAGCCUUGUCAAUGGCCAAGUGGUUUUAAAUGACGUGGGAAUGGAGGAUGGAGCUACAGAGGAGCUUGUUUUUAAACAGGCCCUCUCUAUCCUCAUGUGUGGAGCCUACAGGAACCAGUUGCUAAAUGUGUUUGUGCGCCCAUCUCUGGUGGCAGUAGCAUUGCAGAUGACGCAAAGUUUCAGAAAAGAGGAAAUCUAUAGCUGCUUCAACUUCUUGCGAGACAUUUUUUCUGAUGAGUUCAUCUUCUUCCCUGGCAUUGCACUGAAGGACUUUGAAGAAGGAUGUUUUCUGCUUACAAAAUGUGAUGUAAUUCAAGUGACUCCCCAGGAAAUCUUAGUUACAGAGAAAGGAAAUUCUGUAGCAGUUUUUUUGGCAGCUCUGUUCAGGCCUUUUAUGGAAGGUUACCAGAUAAUCAGCAGAUAUCUUUCAAAAGAAACAAAAGAGGCCUUUACCGAAAAGCAGUUUAUACUUGGAAUCCGUAACUUUGCUUUUCAGCUUCUUGAGACAGGAAGCACUCAGUGUUAUGAAGUUUUGUCUUCUGACUUGCAGAAAAAUGCCUUGGCAGCUUUUGUGCGCCUAGAUGUAGUGAAGAGGAUGAAAACGACCAAUGGAUUUACUUACACUGUAAACAAAGAGGCAUUCAAUAAAACAGCAGAAAUGUUUGAUUCUCGGAUACCCAUAAGGAAACUUGUGACUGCAAGACUUUAAUAUUAAUUAAAAGGCUUUGAAUUACUUGACUGUGUGCACUAUAAUCCGCAAAGAACACUGACAAGUACUCAACUGGAGUAUGGCUAGGUACAGAAGUAUACAUCUUGCCUUUUCCAUUUGGGAAUUUUCAUAUGUAUUAUACUAGAUGGCGGGCAAAGGUUGUUCAAUUGGAAUAUUUUCAUUACCAGUACUGAACUUUGUCAGUACUGAUGCUUACUGUGUUCCUUUUUAAACUAAAUUUAAUCAUCUUUUUGGAUACAUAUUUAAGG